AUGUCCUCCCUCAUACGCUCCGCGAAGCUGGGAAGGGACUGGACCAUCAACGAUCUCCUUGCUUUCAACAUCCAAGUUGUCCCAAAAGACUAUCCAAAUUUCUUUGGCAUCGACCGGCUCCCUCCUCCCGCCGUUUCACCGCUCAUCCUUCAUCACGAGACGAUGCCUGUAUACCUCAAGGACAUACCCAAACACCAUAAGAAUAGAAGUGACUGGAAGUUUUACCAACUUCUGUCCGAUAUCAUUCACCCCUCUCCGGGACAGGAACCACCUGUAGAUGACUUUGCCAUGUUCUUGUUGGACAUGAUGGACUUUGACGAAGGCGAACGAGUCACUCGUCGUUGGCGAGAAAUGAGCUUUGUUAUGUGUGGGCAGAGGGUAAGUGCCGAGACGGAUGUCUGUGUGAUGCAGACCAUCAAUGAAACCGCGACGUACUAUAUCCUGCUAGUGCUAAAAGGUAAGGUCAGCGUCGACACAGAAGCACACUUUAUCGCGUCGGCUUGCGCGGCCUUUUCUGAAAAUAGCGACCUGCGAAGCAGACUGGCAUUGCCUGCUCUCGAAAGCAUGACUUUCCCUGCAGUCACAUUUGUGGGGUCGACACCGACCUUCUACAAGAUAACCGUGACCGAGGAGCUGCUGCUUGCCCUCGCCUCCGCCCAAUACCCAGCAACUCCGACGAUAGUUGAAAGGCUCGUUCCCCCGGUACCAGAUCUUGUUUCGUUCCAUGUCAGUGGGAUGCUACAGGUCAACAAUAGGCUUGCGAUAUUCAAGUGCUUCCAGGCUUUCCAACAUCUCGUCGUGAGCACUGCAACUUCCUAG